AUGACCAGUUUUCGCAAGAAACGACGACCAAGCGAGGUAUUCAACAUGAACUUUAGCUUUGAAAUGGCAUCUAGUAGACGCUCGUGUGAUCGCACACCGCAAAUCAGCCCACGGACUUCAAUCUCGUCAGUGUUCGCGCCCCCAAGCCCAUCGAUCGAAGACUCGUUCAAGAGACAGCGCAUCGACUCUUCAGGUUACGAGUUGAGCCUGACGUUCCCGUUCAGUAGACCGGCACUGGUGGCGCGUGCAAGGGGUCGUGGUUUAGGAAGUCCGGCUACACUACGUCGAGAUUCUGCUUCUCAGGACCCAACAACUUCCUUCGUUCGCCGCAACGUCAUCCCGACAGAAGCCCAUCCAGGCCAGCUCGUUGACUUCGCCAGCCCUGGAUACGACAUUCGCUUCUCGCCACCCAGCCCGCUGAGCGAGUACAAGCUGCGUAUGGGUACGAAAGAGUAUCACGACUACCUCGCUACCUCGCUUAGGAGGAAAAGCUUCCCCAGCGGUGAAGAGACGACGCAACAACAAAGGAACGAGAUGAAGAUGCUCGUCAGACUAGACAAACUAGAGACGGAGGCUAAAGAGUUUGCGGCCAACAAGCCAUCUGCAACGGGGAGGAAGAGAGCAUGCACACUUGAGCGCAGAGACCGGACGAGACGGAAGUCUGCUGCUCGUUCUACUAGUUCGGGCUCGAAUGCUUCUAGUACCACGAUUACUCCUGCCACUAUGUCUUCUUCGUCCACAGCGACGGUGGGUCCGGGUACCCUGAAACGAUCAACGAGUGAUCCUAGUACCGAGAAGUUUCUCGGUCAUGUCCGCGCGAGUGUCGAGGCGAGGAAAUUGGCGGCUGCGAAUUGGCGAAACUAUCCCGUCUUUGCUGAUGAGGUUGAGAAGGGGUUUCUGAGUGACGCACCACUGUAA